AUGCAGCACCAACAGCUGACGCAGCACCAACAGCUGACUCAGCACCAGCAGCUGACUCAACACCAGCAGCUGACUCAACACCAGCAGCUGAUGCCGACGGGAGCGGCUGCCCACGCCGCUCAGGCCGAGCAGGUGAACUCGCUCUUCUGGAAGCUCGUCGCCUCGGGAAUCCUGCAAGUCCAGGCGGUGGCGGCGACGGCGACCGCCGGCGUCGGCGGCACGGCCGACGACGCUCGUGCCGGGAGCGACGCUGGCGGCGCGACGGAGGAGACGUCCACCAGAGGUGAGGAGGCAUCCGCAGAGGACGACGACGACGACAUUCCGGACCUCUCCGGCUUCGCCAUCGAAGACCUCAAGCGGCGCCACGGCGGCGCGGUGCGGCGCCUCUACUCGGGUGUCCAGUGCCACUCGUGCAGCUUGCGCUUCACGGGGCGCCAGGCGAGCGCCUACGCCGACCACCUGGACUGGCACUACCGCGUCAACCGCGACAGCAAAGACCCGGGCAGCGAGGUCACGCACCGCCGCUGGUACCGCUCCUGCACGGAGUGGAUCGAGACGCCGCCGGGUGUCGCCCACGAUGGGGGCGCCGAGAAACGCCUCCCGGAGCGGCCGCAGGAGGAGGCGCCGUCCCUCUGGACGAGGGGGGGG